CCAAGACCCAAGUGAAUCCCCUGCUCCUUCAUCGUCAUCGUCAUGAUGCAUAAAAAGCGACGGCCUCCUCGAUGCCGAAUCACUCUCACAGGUAAAGGCCAAGACAUCAACAGCAGGGAAGAAUAAGCACAGCAAAGCCAGCGCUCCUUACUCCAACUCAAAGACAAGAAGAUUGUGGACAUCAUCAUACUCAACAAAGAACAAGGAUAAAAAUGGAAUCUCGUCUCAGUUUAAGUACCCUGCUGUGCGGACUGGUUUUGGUGGCAUGUGUUGCGUUGACUGACUGCCAUCCAGUACCAAAGAAUAUGGUGGAAGACAUUAAAAAGCUGAAAGAAAUCCACAUGAAGAACCUUACAGACACAGAAAGACAGGUGGAUGGCAGCAUCUUCAAGGAGCAGCUGCAGAAGAUGGAGAAACAUUUUGGGAUGGAGGAACAGAGGCUGCUGGUUCUGGAAAUGCUGGAUGUCUACUCCCACCUGUUCAAACAGAUGAGCAAAGAAGCUGACCGCCAGGGAAGCCAUGAGGCCAAAGCCCUACUCCACUACAUUAAGCGUCUGGACGAAUACCCAACCAUAAAGAAAGACAACGACCAGCUCAAGAUGCUCAGGGACAUCAGGGCCAGGGUCACAGACUACAAGUGGAGCCCAGCUGAGCAGCUGAAGGCUCUGAAUGACUUUCAAGUGGUCUACCAGAAAGCCACAGAGCUGGCCCAAUCAAAAUCUAAUUAGAUGCCACCUACAAUUGGUCCAUAGAAUUCCCCCCCAAUACACACCGAACACACACACACACACACACACACACACACACUCACUCAUCCACAUCUCUCCAAUUCCGCUGCUGGAGGUCCUAUACGGGUCAAUCAUACCUUUUAAUGAUAGCUUUUUUGGCCUGUUGUUUGGCCUAAUGGUGCUGGGUGCCACUAUGAGCUUGGUCUGGAAAAAGGUUUUUUAAAAACCUCUGUGUUUAAUGUAAGUGUACCUUAUUUAAUGUAAUUUAACAGAUCAUAUUUAUUUUAAUAGCUAAAUCAACAGUAUUAACUUUAUCAUGUGUCAUUAUGUUCUAUUUAUAAUUCCAACAAAAGCUGAAUUGAUGAAUUGUGU